AUGGCGCCUUCUCUCACUGCCCACCCAUCCUUCACCCGUCCUCGGACGGGUGAUCGCGAGGGUCGUCCUAGCACUCGCGAUCAGGGUGACACCAGCCUCAUUAUCCCCAGCAGGACCUCGUCUCUCCACUCUCGGAUUACUCAACCGAUUCCGUCGACUCUCAACGUGAAGCCCCAGCAGAGGACGCCCAAGACCCUCACCCAUGCUUACAUGGUAUGCGGUGUUGGCCGUGAGCCCUCUCAGUGGGUCAAGGCUCCCGCCCCAGCUCAGGGCAAGAUCGGUCACAUGAAGGGUGCUGUUGGCCAGUUCUGGCUUCCUGAGAUUCUGGGUAGCAGCCCCAGGUUGGAGCAGGACAACGAGAUUGCUCGUUCUCUGCAUGCUGCCAUGAGGGCUUGCUUCCCUCACGAUGUCGAGAUUUGCACUGGUCGUAGCCAGCCUCACUGCGUUCACCAUGCCUUCGUCCUCCAGCAGGACUCUUCUCACACCCUUUACGGUAUCUGCCUUCGCGUCUGGUCUCGCGCCGAUGAGAAGCGAGCUGAGACGAUUCGUGAUCUCCGACGACGUACGGAGUCGGACUUUUACGACAACCCCGACGAGACCUACUGGAUCCCCUACUGCUUGUCGUUCCUUUCUCGAUACCCCCUCUACAACCUCCUUGGCGAUUACCUUCGAGGCAUGUGGAUCCACUGGAACAAGGCCACUAACCUGUUCCACGCUGAGGAGGUGUCUCGCAUCCUCAGUUUCCCCGCUCCUCGACUCAACGACCUGGUCCGCAUCGACAUGAAGGACUAUGCUCUGUGCUAUCAGUUCCCUUCUUCGCCCACGGGCUUCCAAAACUUCGCCAUGUGGCCUCUCUUCUGCUGUUUGUCGAUCCCCAACAUUGUGGGCGUCAUCGAGGCCGCUAUCUCGCCCACUCGCCGAAUCAUCUUCGUCAGCCACUACCCCGCCAUGUUGACGAUGGCUGCUGAGACCGUCCGAUUCUGCGUUCGCGUCUACGAGUGGAGCGGCCUCUAUGUCCCCGUCGUCCACGCCCGUCACGCCAAGGAGCUCGUUCAGGAGCCCGGUCCGUACAUCCUUGGUAUCACUGCGGAGUGCAGGUCGCUGUUCACCGCUCCCACCGACGCGCUUGUUGUCGACUUGGACCGCAACUUCGUUCUCACAUCGAGCCCUCCCACCGCCCUGACUGUUGGCCAGCGCAACAAGUUCGUCACCCGCCUCACUCAGUCUCUCAACGGCGAUGUCACGCCCUCCGGUGUUCCUCAGCAUCUUCGAUCCGCCUACGGUGGUGGUAAGCUCGUUCCCGCCGGCCAGAUCAUCGUCAUGCGCGGUGAGGUCGAGUCUAUUCAGGAUCCUGAGUGGUGGAACCAAGAUGCCGUCAUGACGGUGAUGGACCAUGUCUGUGAGAAGAUGGGUCGCAACACUGGUCUCAAGGCCGUCUUCGGUGGCUCCGUCAAGAAGCCUCUGAUGACCAAGGUCUCCAUGCGCCACCUCAACGAGAUUGUCCGCGAGCGCAACCAGUACUCUCGUGAUGCUCUCGAGGCCUGGCAGGACUUUAUUAACCUCAAGGGCCGCAUGGAUACCGAGCUCAGCAAGGUUACCAAGCGCAACAACUAUCUCGUCGAGGAGUUGGAGAGCUGGAAGCAGCAGUUCCUCAAAUUCCAGGCCUUCGCCGAGCAGCUCACCAAGGAGACCCAAGACCUCAAGGUCAAGAUCGAGAACCACAAGAGGGAGAACCGCCGUCUUGCUGGUCUGCUCGACCAGCAGAAGGACGACAAUGCUCGCAUGUCUGUCCGUCUUGCCGGUACGGAGAAGCAGCGCGACGACGCUCUCGAGGCUCUCGUCCUCCAGCAGGAGAUCGCGGAGGAGCUCGAGCGCGAGCGCAAGAGGAACAAGAAGGAGUUGGCUGCUCUCCAGCAUACCAACGCUACUAUUCUGCGCCAGCGCGACGAGGCCCGCCGCGUGGUGCUCCACCUCCGCAGCCUCAUCAGUGGCCAGCGCCACCACAUGGAGCACAUUGUCGAGUCGCUGACCAAGCCCGAGGAUAUCGUCGCCGAGCUCGAGGACGGCUACGAUGGUGAGAUUCCUGAGGAUGAGCUCGAUGAGCACAUGCUCAACGCCGUGCGCAACAGCAAGCGGUUCUCGAGCUCGAGCUUCCACGACGUUGCCGACAGGCACCUUAAGGACAAGACGGACGCCAUCGCGCACAUCAUCCGCAACAUCGCGGAGCAAUGCCAGGCUGCCGUCGAAGGUCUCCAACUCGCUCAGGACGCUGAAAUCCGCGAGCAGAUCCGAAAUGCGCGCCGCAACAGCGCUCUCUCGGCCGCGGCCAGCGAGGACGGCACGCAGUCCGCCGUCACCUCGGAGGCUGGCGAUGAUAGCCUCCUCCACCCCUCCUCGGGACGCGCUUCGAGCAUCCCUCCCACUCCUGAUCUCAUCCCCAACAGGAGCAGCACAGCCAUGUCGUUCACCUCUACGGCGACGACGCCAGAGCGCUCGAGCCAGCAGUUCAUGGUCCGGGACGACAUCCCCACCAAGAUCGUCGAGGACGAUGCUGAGGACUUUGAGGAGUCAAGGAGCGAUGCCGAUCCUCUCCCCCACGACGUCGUGGUCGGCAAGCACGCCGAGGGCCUCAUCCACAGGCCGUCUGGUGCCAGGAUUAGCGCCCUCGGCGGAACCCGUUAA